GGCUCCCGGGAUUGGGAGGCGGAUGAGGAGCGCGGGAGAAUAGCGCCCCAGAGCCCGGGCGGCGCAGCCCCAGUCCCUGGAAAGCCCAGCCGUCUGGAAAAGCUGGGUUUGGAUUCUCCCCUCUGUGAAGAGUUCUCAGGAAGUUUGGGGGAGGGGCGAGCCGCUCUCUCCAGGUCUGCGGGCUCGGGCGUGCGAGGAGGGACAACGGCAGCUGCGGGUCUCCCAGCUGUCACGUUCCCGCUCUCGGGCGCGCUCCGGAGCUCCCGGCCGGGUCCUGGGGCCAGGGCGCGGGGCCGCGGCAAAGCGCGCAGGCCGGCAUGGGGGGGCUGGUCCUGCUGAACGCCCUGGCCACCCGGCUGCUGUUCGUGCUGCACUCGCUGGUUGGGGUCUGGCGAGUGACCGAGGUGAAGAACGAGCCCUGGUACUGGCUGCUCGCGCUGCUCAACCUUUUGCUGGUUCUGGAGACUGCGCUCACCCUCAAGUUCAAGCGCGGCAGAGGCUACAAAUGGUUUUCACCAGCUAUAUUUUUAUAUUUGAUUAGCAUUGUUCCAUCAUUAUGGCUUCUUGAAAUGCAUCAUGAGACCCAGUAUUGCAGUAGCCAAUUUGAAGGAAUGUUACAGAAUAACAGUGGCAAAGACUUCAAUCAAACUCUGAUGUCAAGUGAACAAACCAGUGAAGCAGAUGAUCUCAUUGAGACGGCCAAAGUUUUUGUAAAUAACUUAUCUACAGUAUGUGAGAAAGUUUGGACUUUGGGACUCCAUCAGACGUUCUUGUUAAUGCUAAUAAUUGGAAGAUGGCUUCUUCCCAUUGGAGGCGGGAUCACUCGGGACCAACUCUCUCAACUUCUCCUUAUGUUUGUGGGGACAGCUGCUGACAUACUGGAAUUCACAAGUGAGACCCUGGAAGAACAAAACGUGAGGAAUAGCCCUACCCUGGUCUAUGCCAUCCUCGUCAUAUGGACCUGGAGCAUGCUGCAGUUUCCACUUGACCUGGCAGUGCACAGUGUUGCAUGCCCCUUGUCUGUGACAGCGAGGGGGUUCCCAAGCCUGUUAUUUUGCCAGUACAGUGCUGAUUUGUGGAACAUCGGAAUCAGCGUCUUCAUACAAGACGGUCCCUUCCUUGUCGUGCGUCUCAUAUUGAUGACCUAUUUCAAAGUGAUAAACCAGAUGCUGGUGUUCUUUGCGGCCAAGAACUUCCUUGUGGUGGUGUUACAGCUCUACCGCCUGGUGGUGCUAGCUUUGGGUGUGCGUGCUGUGCGAAGUCAGCCGGCAGGCCUGAAGGCAGCAGGUCACAGCUGCUCAGGUGACCUGGCUGAGAGUGGAGGCUCACCUGGGGACUGGGAGGGAGGCUCCAAGGAAGGCUUAGCUGUUCCCUUGCAGGCCUUGCCAAUCAUCUCCGAUAGCCCUCACACCACACCGUAGUUAUUUACUGACAGCACCAUGCAACUGGAAUGUCGGACUUCCUGGUUCUUCUUACAGACGGAAUUAUGCUCUCUCUCUCUUUUAUUAACCUUGGCAUAUAAUAACUUUCUAAAGGAAAACAUAAAAAGUGGUCUUAAACCAAAGCCGAGGAAUUUUUUUCGACUGAAUGGAAAGAACUUUGAUUAGUGGCUCUUGCUACAACUCCUGUGUGAUGCUAUCAGAUGUUACAGUUGUUCAACGACUAAGUGAUUUGUUUGUCUUGAACUGUUUGAAAAGCUCUGGACAGGGUUACAGUGACAUGCCCUCAAAAGAUUUAGUGCAGACAAACUGUCUCGGCUGUUACCUGAAAAAUAGAGAAGCUUUGAACUUUGGCUCUAUUGUCAGACUAUCUCAUCUGAUCUUUUCUGCAGAGUCCCUCUGACAUCAAAAAAUGUACAUUCAAUGAAUGCAGAACAAAUGAAGGGAAAAGUGCCUUUAAGAUUACCUCACUGUGGGCUGGAAUCAGUGAAAAUCUCUGUCCAGCUUCAUAGCUUUGAGAGCCCUCUUCAUCACUGCACAGACAUUCCCAGGAAAAUCAUUUUUCUGGGCUGAUGUUGUAUUCUGUCAUGGUGCAUAUGCUCUUAAAGAAAUGUUAUUGCUUUUGGCUUGGGCACUGCAAAAUUCACAGCAAGCCAUUUCAGUUACAGAUCUGUUGGUUGCAAGGCAGGAAAUACUGGUAAUGCUAGCAAAGUCACAAUUUCCAUUCUGAGCAUGAUUUGCGGUAUUCGUCAGUAUUUUUCUUAACUCCAAUUUACUAUUUUCUGUACUGCCAAGUCAAAUUAUGUGGGUUGAUGUGAAGAAGCACUGAAGCAGUGAGUAUAGGCAUUUCAGGCCCUUUAAGUAUUACCCUAAUUUCUGGUGUCUGCCAGCAGUAGCUUCUCUGAACUGCCACUCUGGAGAUGGCCUUUGGUCUCUGGGAAGGUGUUGGUAGUGGAGGCUUGCCUCCACCCUGCACACAGCCAGUAGCCCUUGAUUAGUGACAGGGAUGAGAAUCAGGAGAUCCACUUUUCUUCCCUGCAUUACAAGUUGAUUUCCCCAGUGUUGAAAUAGUCACACUUUCCCUUUAUACACCUCUGUACUUUCCAGAUGGAGGUGAUUCCGAUUCUUUUAAAAUGAUUUUUGCUUUUAAAGAUAUAGUGUGAAAAUUUACCUGGCUAAAUAACAGUAAGUAUAUGAGGCAAACAGUUCCAAAACUGUUCUUUUAGGGUUCAAAGUGUAAUUCCUUCUUGUUAUUAUGCUCAGUAGUUCAAAGGGGCAUUAAAGAUAAGGCAGGCUAUGACCUCAGACUGGGUAUGAUCUAUUGACAACCAAUUGGAGCAAUUGUACCUAUGAGGUUGUGUGACAUGAAAUCUCAUUAGAUGUUCCAAACAUCUAAUAAAAAGUUUCAUAGGCAAAUUCUGUUUCAAUACAGAGAAACAUAUUUUCCAAUUAAUGGCUUCUUCAGUGCCUGAUAUCACAUGUUCCUAUUUCUUUUUUCCUUCCAUGUAUUUCUCAUUUUAACAACAUGGUAAUUAUAAAAUUACACAUCAAAGGAAUGGAAUACAUUUAUAAAUUUCCAUAAUAAUUUUUUGAAAGUUAAGACCAGGAAAUCAUGUUUAUAUAAAGUAAACAACUUUUAAGGGUAUAAUGUUUAAAAUGCAUAGCAAUUGAAAGCAAAGUAAUAGCUGCUAUUUAUAAAAAUGCCUCAGCAGAAUCUGUUUCUAUGUUGACUGUUUUAUGCUGAAUGUUUUCCUCCACUACAUGUAUGUGCUGCUUAUUAUUGCAGAUUCGCUCAUGGCAUACUUUUCAUGUUUUAAUUUUUUCCUUCUAGCAAAACAAACAUUAAGCCUCUAAAAAUAGAUAAAGUAUAAAGUAAUACGGCUGUUGCAAGGAUAUUUUUAAAUGCUUUCAAAUCUGAGACUUGGCUUGGCUUCAUGAAUGAGUUUCUAGUGUUUAAGUAAAGUAUUUUGUAAUUAGCAUUCCUCUGAAUGCUUGGGAAAUAGACAAUCCAGAGUCUAGCUUUACUUAGAGUGCCAGGAAGGCAAAGAGCACCCAGAACCAUCUCAUCAAUUAAUGGUGGCAAAAAUAGACACAUGCUUUGCAAGUUUUCCAGGAAUAUCCGCUAAGGGCAGCCUUUGUUAACCCAACUGCCAGUAUUCCCACUCUCGGAAUGAUUAUUCCCAUACCAGAAAAAAAAAUCUAUAUUCAUUUACUGUAUUAAAAAAAAAAUCAAAGUCCAGCUUGUAUCCCUAGGACCAUCAAAGAAAAGUUAAAAAUGUGUUCAGUUAAUUGUUAUAUUUCUAACAUAGACAGCUACAGACUGAAAUAUCUGAAAAUAUCCAAGCAUUUGCUAUAUAGUGGCUACAGUAGCGUUGCCUCCUGUGUGUUGACAUUCUGUGACUUGCUUCCAUUUUUUUUGCAACAAGAUGACUGACUCCAAUCACCUGUAUAAUGUGACGCAAGCCAUACCUCUCCACAGCUCCCAAACACAGCUCAGCAUCCCCAACCCAUAAAGAAAGUGGCUUAUUUGUGGUCACUGGUGCUGUUGUUAUUACUGUCUGUGUGCUUAUUUAGUUGAUUAAAGCUCAAUCAAGUGUCUUCCUAAAAACAUACCCUUCCAUUUGUGAGAAAAUACAAUGUCCAUGUUGGAAUGAUGCUGUGUGGGAGCGCACCUCAAAACCAGCUUGUGGGUUUUCUUUAUCCUUAUUAGAUGAGUCCCAGAGGACAUGACUUGACAUUGUGAGAUUUGUAAAUUGUCUUUGAUUAUUCUGUUAAUUUUUAUUUAAGCUGAAACUGAGGAUGUAAGAAAGUAAAAAUUUAUAUUGCCCAAUACAGUCUUUAAUCUUCCAAAAUGAAGAUUUCUUAUGCAAAUUUAUCAAUUAGCUCUGUUGUAAUUCCACUAACAUGUCACAGUACUUCAGGCUUUUUAAGACCAGAGAGAUAGAGCCAGAAAUAUCAGGAUUCACUAUUGCAAUCUCAUUGGCUCAUUACUGAAUAGGAACUUCUCAAAGCCCUGGGAGGGCAUGCAUUGUAGGUGCCCGCAUGUUAGGGUUUCCUCCCAGGUUUCAGAGUUCAACACUGACUCUUACUAUCUUUGGCAUUUAAUCCAGUGACUCCCAAGCAAUUCUGUUAAAAGGGAGAAAUAAUUGCAAAAGACCAAACGUCUGUCCACCUUCACCCUACUUCAAUGCCAGGAAAGUAAGAUGCUGAAAUAUAUUGCAAAGCCUCAGAGUGUAAGUGAAAAACCAAACAAUCUUGAAUUAUAAGAAAAAAAAACGUUUUACUAUUUUUCUAAUUUCAGAUUUUUCUUUUUAUUUAGUGGACAUUCUGAUCCACUCUCAGAAACAUUUGAUUUGGGGUUCUACAAGGCAGCUGGAGGACAUUAAUAUCUUUGAGGCUUCAGAUAACUUUCUAUAUGAUGGGAGUAACUCUAAAUAAUGUUUGAGUAAUCAACUGCUGCAGCUAUAUUUUAUAGGUGUCUCUUCCUUUGAAUUUUUCUUCCUAGAAUAUUUUAUAAGGAUAUUUUCUCUGAAUUAUUUAUAUUUAUACUAUUUUGAUAUGAAUGACCUUUAUUAUACCCAUUAAAUAGUUUGUGUACAACUUUA